AUGUUUUCUAUUGGUGCUAAAUUGUAUAAACCAGCUGGUCUCAGGGCUUUCCAUUCCACUUCCAAGGUGCUUUCUGCUAUCAAUAGCAUUGAUGGGGUCAUCAAAGUCAAAGAACCAUUUGCCAUAGCUGCAACUCCUAUUGAUCCUAAGUAUAGGGCUGGGUAUGAACCAUUAUACGUUGCCCCUUCGCAUAAACACAUAGCUACAAUGAAAAGAGUGUCACUAGCUGUCGGCGUUGUUGGAAUCUAUGUUUCGCAUUUAAUGUUUGAUUCUGUUGUGGUUGCAAAUGAAUUGAGUUAUGUUGUUGGUGCUCUAAGUACUUUACCUAUACCUGCUGUUAACUAUUUCACUCAAAAUUAUGUUUCCAGAAUAUUUAGACUAUAUGAUUCAACUAAACCCCAGACAUUGGAAAAUUUGGUCACUGAUGAAACUUUACUUGCGGAAAAGAUAUCAUGGACUGGUAGAUCUUAUUACUUUAGAUUGGUUAAAGUAAAAGAUCUAAAGCUUUCCAAUGAUCGUUUUGGAUGGGUCAAUUGGAAAACUGACAAAGAUCAAUUCUAUGUUACUGAUGAUAUAGGUGGAAUAAAGAUGGAUCGAAUUUGGGGCAUUGUGGAACAUAAUUCAGGGGUAGACAAUGGUCGGUUUUUUGAAAAAUGA